AUGGCUAAUCUGGAUUCGAAAAUAGAUUUCAUCAAAUACAGCCUCGUCGUUGUAAGCACAAUUUGUAAGCUAACGGGAAUCUGCCUGAUAGGACUGGGAACUUAUGACCUUGCGGCCUAUAGCGAUUUUAGACAACUCUAUUUGGUCAUCGAUGGACACUUUUCAACGCCGUCAGUGCUGCUCAUCGCCAGUGGACUUUUUAUCAUCGCAGUGGCUACUUUAGGAUUUUAUGGAGCCUACAAGGAGAGUGUAAUGCUCAUUAAUCUGUAUGGAGUUUGCCUGUUUCUGGUGUUGAUUCUAGAGGUUUCGAUCGUCAUAACGACAUUUGUGUCGUAUUCGGCGGAGACAACAAUUGAAACAAUGAAUGGAGCAUUCAAAAGUUACAGCACAGAUCGCAAUGUGGCAAAUCAAAUAAAUGAUAUGCAAUCAAGGCUUUCAUGCUGCGGAGUACAUAAUACCACGAAUUGGAUGGAGCACUUAGGAGAUAAUACAACGUAUACUUUUGACCAAGGUGCCAUAAGGGUACCUAAUUCCUGCUGCAAUUCCGAAGAAAGCAAGCAUGCAAGAAACUCCACCCAUUUCGUGUGCAAAACAGCCUUCGAACAAGGCUGCUUUCAUAAGAUAAACGACAAGGUCUGGACGACUUCUAUUCGGAUUGCUAUAGGACUCAGUAUAGUGGCCUUUUUCCAGGUUUUGGGCAUGAUAUGCGCCUUCUAUUUGGCCAAGUUGCUUCGCUGGAGCAAGUCAUUGCUCGCAGUUUCUCGCUGGAACUUAUUCAAUGAAUUUAAUACUAACGAGUAA